UGGGCCAUCUCGCUGGUGCGGCUGCGCCCGGCUGCGCGGACUGAAGAGAACAGGCCUUGUGGGGGACCCUAUGCAGCAGCACAUGAAAUGAGCAAAGCCACACAGCCUAUAGGAGGACCCCCCACUGCCCCUUCCCCCGGACUCCCCCAGCCAGCAUAUCCCUCUGCACCUACGGCCCCUGUGGUUUUUGGGCCACCACAGGCACCACAAAUGAAUACACAGUCUCAACCACGACCUUCAGGAUUCAGAUCAAUUCAGCACUACUACCAAGGUAGGGCACAGCCUCCAAGCAAUGCCACUCGAGUGCAGGCCGGCUCUUCUGCCCGGGCAGUGCCUCCUGCCCACGUCUACCCAGCAGGCUCCCAAGUGAUGAUGAUCCCCUCCCAGCUAUCAUAUCCAUCUCAGAGCUACUACAUCCAAGGGCAGGGUCGCUCUUAUGUGGUGCCCACACAACAGUACUCUGUUCAGCCUGGAGCUCCUGGCUUUUUCCCCAGCGCAAGUCCAACAGAAUAUGGCACGUAUGCCGGGGCAUAUUAUCCAGCUCAACAGCAGUUCCCCACAGCUGUUCCUGGCGCUCAGGUGAUGAUGAAUCAAUCCCAAGCGAUUCCUCCCAAACGGGAACGGAAAACGAUAAGAAUUCGUGAUCCAAAUCAGGGCGGUAAAGAUGUAACAGAUGAAAUUUUAUCUGGUGGACGAACAACAUCAACACCCACCCCUCCACAGUCUGCAGGCAGUGGCUCUGAGGCCCAGGCGAAUGGAGAAAGUGUCCACGUGCCUAUUGUAGUACGUCCAGAUGAUGGCGGCAAGAUCACCCAAGUGCUGAUGAAACCUUCUGAGAGCCCAUCCCCUCCUCUUCCUCCUCCAGAGGCCGAGACUAAUGUACCAGAUACAUGUGAGCAAGAUUUAAGAGUAGAUAACACUACACCUUUACUUUUGGCUCCAAACUCAAUGGAAGUGCCGCUGCUGGAGACAGUCUCCUCUCAGGUAGUGCAACUGCCUGAAACUCCUACCCCACAGGCAAUUGCCAUUGUAGAGGACACAACGACACAGGUAAUGCAAUUUGUAGAGUUGCCUGCCUCGCAGACAGAAAACCUACCUGAAGCUGCCACUGUGCAACCCUUGGCAGAAAACUCCACAUCACCACCAGUUGAUAUGCCUGUGUCACAAGUGGCUCCAGAGGAAGCACUUGUAGUAGCUGCGGAUGUAGAAAACAAAAUACCUGCCAUUGGUCACCAACCUGCUGCUGCUGAUCCUGGUCCUGUAGAGUUUCACGAGCCAGCGUCUGUCCCCACACAAGAGGAGGUUCCUGUGGAGCCCUCAGCAUCUCCUACUGAACCUCACACUAAUGGGUUACCAAUGGAACAUCCUGUGAUACAGGCACCACCACAGUCCACUUCAGUUUGCCAACCUGAACCCGCUUUAGAUUCCCCCAUUGCUCAGCCUGAAGAACUGCUAACAAAUGGAGAUGGGGCCUCUGGGCAACAAGAUACUGAGGUACAGGAUAACCAACCUGAGGCACACGUGAGUCCUAUCAGUGAACCCGAAGAGCAGUCUUUACCACCCUCAAAGCCCCUGCCAGAAGAGGAUAAAGAGAAGGAAGUUCCAGCACAGGCAGAAGCAGCUCCACAAGCUCCCAAGGAGAGCACAGAGCCCCAAGUGCAAGUGGCAGUUUCUGCACCAAAAAAGAAAAGAAAAAUGAAAGACCUAAACAAGAAAGAGGCCGUUGGAGACCUUUUAGAUGCCUUUAAAGAGCAGGUCGUUGAUGAGUCUUCUGAUGUGGACAUACCUGUUAAGCCCUCAAGUGCAGCACCUCAGCCAGAGCAAGGUCCAAGUGUCCCUCCUGAAGAACAGGAUGAGACCUGGGAGGAGAAGGAGGAUAAACUAGAUGCUGAAAAUAUUAAACCAGGGGAUCACAAAUAUAAAUACAAAGAAGAACAAUGGAAGCCUAUAAACCCUGAAGAUAAGAAGAGUUAUGAUCGGGAGUUCCUCCUAGGCUUCCAGUUUAUUGUGGCCAGCAUGCAAAAACCAGAAGGCUUGCCCCAGAUUACAGAUGUUGUACUGGACAAGGCAAACAAAACUCCACUUCGACCAUUGGAUCCAGCACGACUCACCGGCAUGAAUUGUGGGCCAGACUUUACACCCUCUUUUGCAAAUCUAGGGCGCCCUGCUAUGGGUAAUCGUGGUCCGCCAGCUGGAAUGGGUCCUAGACGCUCUCAGCAGGGUCCGCGCAAGGAGCCUCGUAAAAUCAUUGCAACAGUGUCACUAAAUGAGAAUGUACAGCUGAACAAGGCAGAAAAGGCCUGGAAGCCAAUCAACAAGCAACAGAGAGCAACUGAAGAGGAUAAUCCAGAGAAUAUAAAGACUCAGGAACUCUUCCGCAGAGUUCGCAGUAUCCUAAACAAGCUGACACCACAAAUGUUCCAACAACUAAUGAAGCAGGUCACUGAUUUGGCCAUCGAUACAGAAGAUCGUCUGAAAGGUGUCAUUGACCUUAUAUUCGAGAAGGCUAUUUCAGAGCCAAACUUCUCUGUCGCUUAUGCCAACAUGUGCCGCUGCCUUAUGGGGCUUAAAGUCCCUACAACCGACAAGCCGGGUGUAACUGUCAACUUCAGAAAGCUACUAUUGAACCGUUGCCAGAAAGAGUUUGAGAAGGAUAAGGAUGACGACGAAGUGUUUGAGAAAAAGCAAAAGGAAUUAGAUGCUGCUUCCUCUCCAGAAGAAAAGACACGUUUAAGCGACGAACUGGUGGAAGCCCGGGACAGUGCUAGACGCCGCUCACUAGGAAACAUCAAAUUUAUUGGAGAGCUUUUCAAGCUGAAAAUGUUAACUGAAGCCAUCAUGCAUGAUUGUGUGGUUAAGCUGCUAAAGAACCAUGAUGAAGAGUCACUGGAAUGUCUGUGUCGUCUACUAUCCACGAUUGGCAAAGACUUGGACUUUGAGAGAGCAAAGCCACGUAUGGAUCAGUAUUUUAACCAGAUGGAUAAAAUUAUUCAUGAAAGGAAAACCUCUUCGCGUAUCCGCUUCAUGCUGCAGGAUGUCAUCGAUUUGCGAAUGUGUAACUGGGUGCCUCGUCGUGGGGAGCAAGGACCCAAGACUAUAGAUCAGAUCCAUAAGGAGGCAGAACUUGAGAAGCAGCGAGAACAAGUAAAAGUACAACAGCUGAUGUCCAAACAAGACAAAAGGCGUGAGCCUCAAGGGCGACCCACCGGCGGGCGUGGAAAAGAAUCUGCUGAUGAUGGCUGGAAUACUGUUCCUAUUAGCAAAGGCAGCCGGCCUAUUGAUACAAGUAGACUUAGCAAGAUCACUAAGCUUGGUCCCAUUGAUUCAAACCAACUGCUGGCACCUGGGGGUCGGUUGAGCUGGGGUAAAGGCAGCAGUGGAGGAACUGGAGCUAAGCCAGCUGAGUCAGCAUCUGAGCCUGGCCGCCCAGCUACAAGCACCUUGAAUAGGUUCUCAGCCCUUCAACAGUCAUCGGUCUCUGAGAGUCAGGAUGCAAGGCGACCUGUGCAGCGAGGAAGUUCCAGCCGUGAUCGCUCUGAGAAGGAACGUGGCGAUAGAUUUGACAAGAUGGAUCGCUUUGACAAAAGCGAUUUCUUUGAACGACCAGACCGCUCAGAUGCUGCACGGCCUCUUGUCACAAAGAGGAGCUACAGUAAGGAGACAGAGGAUCGUAGCAGAGAGAGAGGACAGAUCCCACAGGAGGCAGUAAGAAAAGUUGCCAGCAUGACGGAACCAAGGGAUCGCAGCAAAGAGACUGUGAGGAAAGACCUUCCUGUGUCUGCUGCUCCAGCUGCACCCGCAAAACCAACAAUGUCGGAGGAGGAACUGGAGAAAAAAUCUAACGCGAUCAUAGAAGAAUAUCUGCAUAUAAAUGACAUGAAGGAGGCACUUCAGUGUGUGCAAGAACUCAACAGCCCCACAUUGUUGUUUGUAUUUGUACGGAAUGUUAUUGAAUCCACACUAGAGAGAAGCACUAUUGCAAGAGAGCACACGGGUCUUCUUCUGUACCAGCUGGUGAAGGUUGGAACGCUUCCCAAAGACCAGUAUUUCAAGGGGGUUCUUGAAGUUCUUGAGGUGGCUGAUGAUAUGGCCAUUGAUAUACCCCACAUUUGGACAUAUCUGGGUGAGCUCAUCUCACCGGUUCUUCAUGAGGGUGGUAUCCCAAUGGGGGAACUGUUCAGAGAAGUGACAAAACCUUUAGUGCCUAUUGGGAAGGCUGGCGUUCUACUGGCAGAGAUCCUAACUCUGCAAUGCAAAGAGAUGAGCCAGAAGAAAGCAGGCAUGCUCUGGCAGGAGUCUGGUCUCAACUGGAGUGAGUUUCUCUCAAAGGACCAGGAUGUAAACAAAUUUUUAAGUGAAAAGAAUCUAGAGUACACGCAAGGUGAAGAGACGGAGCCAACUAGCAAAAAAGAGCUCUCCAGCGAGGAGCUGAACAAAGUUCUGACUAGACUUCUGAAAGAAAAUAGUAGUAACCAAAAGAUAUUUGAUUGGAUUGAGGCCAAUUUAAAUGACCAACAGAUUGUAUCAUCCGCGUUUAUUCGCCAGCUGAUGACUGCCGUCUGCCACUCGGCUAUUAUCUUUGAGAAUCCUUAUAGAGUGGAUGUUACUGCCAUCCACAGUAGAGCCAAACUACUCCAGAAGUACCUGAGUGAUGAGACCAAGGAGCUGCAGGCUCUGUAUGCUCUACAAGCACUUGUUGUGAAGCUUGAUCAGCCUCCAAACCUCCUACGAAUGUUCUUUGAUGCUUUAUACGAUGAAGACGUGAUCAAGGAGGAACCUUUCUACAAAUGGGAGUCCAGCAAGGACCCAGCGGAACAGCAGGGAAAAGGAGUUGCUCUAAAAUCUGUAACAGCUUUCUUCACAUGGCUGCGGGAAGCUGAGGAUGAAUCUGAUAACUAGAACCAGACUGAUAAAAUUGAUGCCCUUACGCUUGCUCUCUGUGUAUUCCUUGGGGCUUCCAUCUUUUUUUUUUUUUCUUGCGGACUAUCCGAAAACAAUUCAAACCUUCUGAUUUUACUAUGUCACAAAAAUAUCUACAUGAAGAUAAGCCUGGCUAUGGGUGGGAGAGAGCCUGGCACGAAGACACAAUGGCUGGACAUCUGGAACUUGCGGGCAGACUAUGGGAGAGCCUGACACAAAGCCAGAUGUGCAAAAUGUGUGUUUUUUCUUAUUUCCCCCAGUUUUUUUUUCUCAUGAACCAAUUGCUUGGGAUAUCACAUUUAGGAAUAUUUGAGGUAUUUUGGGACUGCUGAAGGAGAGGUGGAAAGCUGUCCCCCCUUUCCCUGCACUUAACGCACAGGUUGGGGCACAGACAGACCGCUCUUCAAGAUGUCGUUUUUUUUUUUUUAAAUUUCUCUCGUUAAGAGCAGACCGGAGUUACACGCUUCAAUGGGACGGAGCAACCAAGCUUCGCACCUGCUCUUUGUCUGAAAUAUAGAUUUAUAUAUAAAUAUAAAUAUAUAUAAUUAUUACAAAAUGUUGGUUUGAAGAUGGUAUUGAACCGUCUUUGAAUCUUGUAUUUCUGAUUUCCCUUUCACAUGGAGCUCAGGAUGCCAGCAACCAACCCCCACUGGUUAUCCUUUGAACUCCUGGUUGAUCUAUCAUAAUAAAAAUUGGCGGAUGCACUUCUGCCAACCGUUUAGGUGUUUUUCUUUUAUCAUUUCCCCUAUUCAAUGGGGCUAAAAAGGACUUAAUUUUCAUUCUGUUUAGAUCACCAUGUGUUGGAAAGAGGCAUCUCUGAACUCGAGCAAAUUCUGUAUUUAUAGAGAAAGCAAAACAUUUCGUGUUUUUUUUUUGUUUUUUUUUUUCCUCCAAAAUACCAUGGGGGGGUCUUGUAAUUAUUAAAACAAACCAAGGAUUGAAUGAAAUUUGUAAAUACUUUUUGCUUUCUUUAUUAAGUAUUUAAUGAUUCUGAUCUACAGACUCCCCAAAACCUCUUUUCACAGGAACUGGAAAUAAAUGCAAACAUUACAUAA